CUCUCUUAAUCACAAGUCUAAUACUUCCCCCCUCCUUCGUGAGCUCUUGUCCUAUUCUCUUCUAGGUAUCUUAUAGCUUGCCAAGGUAAAGAUAUUAUUGAGUCAAACUGAUAGAGAAGAAGAUCUAUCGAACAAGAAGCUAGGUAGGACUAGUUUUGAAUGUUGGAGAAGAUCAAUAUGGCUCAUGAAGAAGAAGCAAUUAACUCAAAUGGGUUUCUUCAAAACCCAGUUGCGGUACUUGGAUCCAAUCCUCCUGUCAAAAAGAAGAGAAACCUCCCAGGAAACCCAGAUCCUGAGGCUGAAGUAAUAGCCUUGUCUCCAAAGACUCUGAUGGCCACCAACAGAUUCUUGUGUGAAAUAUGUGGUAAGGGAUUUCAGAGAGACCAAAACCUACAGCUGCACCGCCGUGGACACAACCUUCCAUGGAAGCUCAAGCAAAGAACAAGCAAAGAGCCGAGGAAGCGCGUCUACGUGUGCCCGGAAAAGAGUUGCGUCCACCACCACCCGUCUAGGGCGCUCGGAGAUCUGACCGGAAUAAAGAAGCACUUCUGCCGCAAGCAUGGCGAGAAGAAGUGGAAGUGUGAGAAGUGCUCCAAGCGGUACGCGGUGCAGUCGGAUUGGAAAGCUCACUCAAAGACCUGUGGCACUAGGGAGUACAAAUGUGACUGCGGAACUCUAUUUUCACGGCGUGAUAGCUUCAUCACACACCGGGCCUUCUGUGAUGCCUUAGCUGAAGAAACAGCUAGAGUAAAUGCAGUAUCCAACAUCCACAACAAUGCAAUGCCCAGUAAUAUCAACUAUCAUCACUACAUGGGAAAUAAUGCAUCUUCACUACUACUAGGACCUCCGAACAUGCCCCAACUACAAUUUUCUUCUAUUUUUAAACCAAUCUCCAGCAAUGAUACCCCUGACACCGUGAGCCAAAAUACCCGCGGUCUAUCUCUUUGGAUGGGACAGGGAUCCAACAGCACCCACGAAGAAAUGACUGUUAAUAAUCAGCAUCAUCACCAUCAACUUGGGUCUGUGAGUUCAUCAGCUGGUUCAAUAUUUGGUGAUCCUAAUAACAUUAGUGUUUCGUGUUCAGUGCCUCCUCCGCCUUCUGAUCAUUAUCAACUGAAUUGGGUCUUGAGUAAUAACAAGCUUUCUACAUCAAACAAUGCUCAUCAUCAAGAUCAGUUAACAAUCACAAGCACUAGUGCUGCUAGCUCACUUCCUUUGUACACACAUCAAACGCCUUCAGCAAAUAUGUCAGCCACAGCUUUGUUGCAAAAGGCAGCCCAAAUUGGUGCAACUUCAACUGACACGUCAUCACUGCUUGGAAGUUUUGGAUUGAAGUGCAACAACAACAAUAUUACUAGUAGUGCUAGUCAAGCAGUGAUUCAAGUUCAAGAUGGGAGCAAAGUUUGUGGACUCUAUGGCACUGUGGAGAACCCAGGAGCUCAUGAUCAUCUACUGCACAUGCAUCAAGCGAAACGCCGCCACAUACAGAGCGAAGAGAGCGCCGGAGGAGGGCAGACUAGGGAUUUCCUUGGUGUUGGCGUGCAGACCAUUUGCCACUCUUCACCAAUCAAUGGAUAUUGGGUUUGAGGAUCGUAUGGAAAACUAGAGAAUGAGUUGCAUUUUUCUUUUUUCAGAAUAGAAGGGCAAAGUUGUAAUAAACAGAAGUUUCACGAAGUUGGAGAGAUUUAAGUAUUUGGAAAGGGUUGCAGGGAUGAAAAGGUGGCAAUUGAGUGUUUAAUGGGGGUUGCUAAAAGUUUGUGCAUAUAGAAAAGAAAACUAUUGAAGAGGAGCAGUAGAGAAGGACGGAGAUCCAUGCAUA